GUGUCAGUAAGAAUAGAAAUUCCUCAAUUGCUGACAUAUUUGCCACUUUAGAGUCAAUGCUGGAAAUGCUCCAAAUGUAUCAAACAAGGUGAGAGGUUGAGAUGAUCUGAGGUCUGUCAAACUAGGCAGUUUGACUUGUGAAAUUAUCUGCCAUAUGUUUCUUCAUUUAAUUUGUUAGUUGUUAUCUGGGUGAUUUUUUUCUCCCCAGACUAGGGCCAAAAGAACACAUGAUGGAUUCAGCCACACACUUUCAUGGUAACUGCCUCAGAGGGAAAGAAAACAUUUCCGCUGUGAGAAACAUUGUUUUAACACAUCUUAUCAAGAGGCUUCAAGGCUGUUUCAGAGAUGCCAGCCAAAAUGUGGUGAGGGCUACCAUGAUUGGAAGUUUUAAAUUAUGGCCCACAAAGAUAAAUCAAGAAUUUGGAGAAAAAGAGGUAACCAUCCUGACUGCACAUUAUGAACCAGUAUUAGAAGCUGCCAAUGUGAAACUUAGUGAAGUGGAUGCUGAAUGGAGCAUGUUGAAAUUAGAGAUUUAUGCCAGAUUUCCGAACAUUCGAAAAUUGACCUGGGAUUUUGUGAAUUCCAUUUACUUACACAAGUAUCCAAAUAUCCUGACACUGGUCGACCUAGUGUUGACCCUUCCUGCAAGUUCAGCUGAAGCAGAACGUGGCUUUAGUCAGAUGAAAUGGACCAAGUCACACAUGCAUGCAAAAAUCAAGGCUGAAAUUAUGACGGAUGUCCUAAUUAUUCAGUUGAAUUCUCCAGACAUUAAUAAUUUUGACCCUAGGAAAGCUAUCCAUUUAUGGAAUACAAGAACACUGUCUUCAACUGGUGACACAAGACCUAAUUCAGAUUGCUCAUCAAACUCAGAAAGCCAUUAUGAAAGUGAUUAGCAGUAUGCAAAUGUUGACAUUGUUGUUGCAUAUGAAUGUAGCUCUUUUGCAUAGUAAAAAAAUAAAAUAAAAUAAAUAUUUUCCAGAAACCUGAAAUUUAAAAGUAAAACAGUAACUUGUCUUCACAUCAAACAAAAGGCAUUUGGCUUCUUCCAAACAUACAGAGUAAAAAGCCCAAGACUGUUUCUUCUAUAGCUUUCUAACUUCCCUUAUGUAUUCAUGUGUUCUUUCACACUAUUUUGGUGGAGCUGUAUGCUUCUACACAAUGGUGUUAUUUUGAUGUCGUUUUUUUUGAGAGUUAUCCCUAAGGGUGACCAGAAUAUGAUUACGGUCUGAGUUCCCUUAGGCCUGGCAUACAAUUCAUUAUUUUUCCUCGAUAAUUCUAAGUGAUAGUUGCAUUAGGUAAUUAACUUAGAGCCAGACUGAAAGAAAGCUUCUCUUUUCAUCUGUGAACAAAAUUUGUAAGUUUAUGUAAUUAUUUUAUUGCAACUAUAUCACUACAUGCUUUGGCCAUGUAAGUAACAAAGGCAAAUAUUAAAAC